AUGGGCAAAAGGCUUUCUGCAUCUUCCACGAAGCCCAAGUCGGGUGGCGUCGUGGUCCCAGGCACAGCAACGCCGAAAGUCAAUAGCGACGCCGUUGCGCCCAAACUCACACGUGCCGAUUCUGGUGUCGAUGUAUCCAAAGCAGCCCAGGGCAAGCCACUGCCUGUCACACUACUCUCUGGCUUUCUUGGCAGCGGAAAGACAACCCUCCUCCAGCACCUCCUCAAGAGCGACCACGGCCUUCGCAUUGCCGUGAUCGUCAACGAUAUCGGAGCUGUGAACGUUGACGCAUCCCUGAUCAAGAAGAGCCACAAAAUCACAAAGACAGAAGAGAAGGUCAUCGCCCUGCAGAACGGCUGCAUCUGCUGCACCCUGCGCGGUGAUCUCCUCGAGGAGCUGGUCCACCUCGCCGAGCUCCACGAGUUUGACUAUGUCGUCAUCGAGAGCAGCGGCAUCAGCGAGCCCGAGCAGGUCGCCGAGACCUUCGAUGCCCGUCUGGCCGAGCAGAUGCAGGCUAUGGGCGAGGGGCCCGAGGGGCUUGAUGAGGAUACGCUGAAGCUUCUCAAGAGGCUGGCUGACGCCGGCGGCGUAGACAAGUUCGCCCGCCUCGAUACGACCGUCACUGUCAUCGACGCCUUCACAAUCUUCAACGACUUCCACACGAGUGACCUGCUCUCCUCAAGACGAGACGAUGUUGUUCCCGAGGAUGAGCGGACGGUGUCGGAUCUCAUGGUUGACCAGAUUGAGUUUGCCGAUGUGAUUGUCUUGAACAAAGUAGACAUGGUUACGAAGACCGAUCUCGCCCGCGUCCUUGACUUGAUUAAGAAGCUCAACCCGAGAGCGAAGGUCCUCGAGGCCAACUACGGCAAGAUCGACGUCAAGGAGAUUGUCAACACCAACACCUUUGACCUCAAAGUCGCCCAGUCAGGCGUUGGCUGGCUGCAGGAUCUGCAUGCCAUGACAGUCCGCGAAGUCAACGGCCGCAAGAAGAUCACACCCAAGCCCGAAACCGAAGAAUACAACGUCCGCAACUUCAUCUACACAAGAACACGCCCCUUCAAUCCCCGCAGACUAUGGUCACUCCUCUACGACAAGUUCAUCCUUCAAAUGGAAGCCCCCGAAGGCGACGAAGACGAGAUGGAUGAGGAUGAAGAUGACGCCGACAUGUGCGACGUCGAGAAGGAAGACGAGGAAUGGGAAGACGACGAGUCCGAAAAGGACGAAGACGAGGACGAGGACGCCGACAUGGAAGACCCCCUCGAACCCCCAUCAAACGACGUCAUCCUCGCCAACAAAACCGCCCACCCGCUCUUCAACCGCCUCUUCCGCUCCAAGGGCGAGUUCUUCCUCGCGACGCGGCCACACCGCGCAGGCGACUGGUCGCAGGCCGGCGCGAUGCUGACCAUGACCGGCGGCCGGCCGUGGUUCUGCACGCUCGCGCCGGAGGACUACCUGACGGGCGACCCGGAGGUGGACGCGCUGGUGCAGCACGACAUCAAGAAGGGCGGGGAGUGGGGUGAUCGCCGGCAGGAGCUGGUGUUCAUUGGUGAGAACCUUGAUAUCAAGGGGUUGGAGGCGGCGCUGGAUGAGUGUCUGCUGAAUGACGAGGAGUGGAAGAAGUGGCAGAAGGUGAUGAGGAAUAAGAAGUGGGAUGAUGAGAAGAAAUUGGACAAGCUGCAGGAUAUGUUUGAUGAUGGGUUCCCGGAUUGGGCGGAUGAUGAAGAGGACCAUGAGGGACAUGACCAUGCAUAA